UCUUUUCUCGUUCCUUCGCUCUUCCUCCAAGCUCGGUGCUCCACGUCUGCGCACGAGGUCUCACCGGUAACUUCUAACAAUGGGUUUUGGUGAUCUGAAAACUCCUGCUGGCCUCAAAGUUCUGAAUGACUUUCUGGCAGACAAAAGUUACAUCGAGGGGUAUGUACCCUCUCAGGCGGAUAUUGCUGUGUUUGAUGCCCUGUCUGGUGCUCCAUCAGCUAACCUCUGCCAUGCCCUGAGAUGGUACAACCACAUCAAGUCUUACCAGAAAGAGAAGGGCAGCCUUCCAGGUGUGAAGAAACCUCUCGGUCAGUAUGGCCCUGCAGGCGUUGAGGACACAACUGCAGCAGCUCCUGCGGCAGCUGAUGAAGAUGAUGAUGACAUUGAUCUCUUUGGUUCAGAUGAGGAAGAGGAUGAGGAAACCACAAGGAUCAAGGAGGAGAGACUUGCGGCUUACAACGCAAAGAAGUCCAAAAAGCCUGCACUCAUUGCAAAGUCUUCAAUUCUGCUGGACGUCAAACCUUGGGAUGACGAAACCGAUAUGGCCAAGCUUGAGGAGUGUGUCCGCAGCAUUCAGUUGGAUGGUCUUGUAUGGGGACAAUCUAAACUGUUGCCUGUUGGUUAUGGCAUCAAGAAGCUGCAGAUCGCCUGUGUGGUGGAAGAUGACAAAGUUGGAACAGAUCAGCUGGAAGAACUGAUCACAGCCUUUGAGGACUUUGUGCAGUCCAUGGAUGUGGCAGCAUUCAACAAGAUUUGAGACCCCGCAGCAAAAAGCAUUAAUCAAAUAAAGGCACUUCAAAUGGA